AUGGGAAAUGUAAUUUCCAAAGGCAUACCUCAAAGACUUGAAAGGUCCACCAUUACUAUGAAAGCGCGUCACUCCACCAUUACCAUGGAAGGCAGUUUAGAACAACAACACUUCCUAUUAGAAACCAAUUUGUUAAAUCAAGGGAGUUCCUUGAGAAAGAAAAGAGCAGUUUCAAUAUCUUUUCUUCUCUGCAACAACUUCAAGUUCAUGGAGGUACUAGAUGGGGCUUCUUCCCACAGCUGUGGCACCUUCAGAACUGGAUAUUCUAGUUAUGAUGUGUUCCUCAGCUUCAGGGGCGAAGAUACUCGUAAUAACUUCACUAGCUUCCUUAAUUUAACUUUGAAAGACAAAGGAAUCAAUGUUUUUAUUGAUAGUGAAAAUCUGCGGAAUGGAGAAGCCAUUGGACCAUCCUUGCUUAGAGCAAUUGAUGCCUCCAAAAUCUCUAUCCCUGUCUUCUCACAGGGAUAUGCCAACAGUAAAUGGUGCCUUCUAGAACUUGCUCAAAUCCUUCAAUGCCACAUAUCCAACUGUCAACUGGUCUUGCCCGUAUUCUUCUAUGUUGAUCCGUCGCAUGUUCGGAAUCAAACCGGAAGUUUUGAAGAAGCAUUUCGGGAGCACGAGAAGAAUUUUGAGCCCCAUAUUGUAGAGAGUUGGAGGAAAGCUAUGACAAUAGUGGGGAGUUUGAAAGGAGAUGUUAUUAAUAAAAAUACGUAA